CUUACACUGCUCUGCUAAGCUCUAUGCAACAGGAAGAACAACAUUGGCAGGUCUGCAAAUCUUUCUCACAACCCAAUCAGAACUGCCAAAACCUGUAACCCAAAAAUCUAAAUCACCAGCCAAAGAGUAAAGACCACUCUCAGUGCCACCAAAUGGGAUCAAUUGGGAUUUCUCUGCACUCACUACCUCACUCUCUGCUCCUCUGCUCUGCUGCUGGUUCCACUCAGAGCCCCAAAAGGGCAAGACGCGUUUCAAGGAUCAGCCCAAGAAUGGCUCUGGCCACACCCAUCACCUUUGGGUUCAAUAAUUUGUUGGAAACUUUCACAGUAAACGUGCAGAGAGCGGAGAAUAGGCCUCUGAAUGUUCCUCUGAUAGCGCCUUUCACGAUUGCCACUUCAAGGCUUGACAAGGUGGAGAAUGUGGCUAUCAGGGUUGAAUUGAGUAAUGGGUGUGUGGGGUGGGGUGAAACUCCAAUCUUACCUUUUGUUACUGCAGAGGAUCAGCAUACAGCCAUGGUUAAGGCCAGGGAAGCUUGUGACUUCUUGCUCCGCAGUCCAGCGAAGACCUUGGGUUCGCUUUUGGGAGAGAUUGGUGGGCUUCUUCCUGGAUAUGAGUUUGCUUCUGUUAGGGCAGGAGUUGAAAUGGCACUAAUUGAUGCAGUUUCUAUGAGUAUUGGUGUCCCUUUAUGGAGACUGUUUGGUGGAGCUUCAAAUACCAUAACCACUGAUAUAACAAUUCCAAUUGUUUCUGCUGGUGAAGCUGCUACAUUGGCUUCAAAGUAUCGUGAACAAGGAUUUAGGACUUUAAAGCUUAAGGUGGGAAAGAAUCUGAUUUCAGAUAUAGAAGUCCUUCUAGCUAUACGUGCAGUUCACCCCGGUUGCGAUUUUAUCUUGGAUGCUAAUGAAGGAUAUACCUCCGAGGAAGCUAUCCAAGUUCUUGAUAAAUUAUAUGAGGUGGGAGUUAGUCCUGUUCUCUUUGAACAACCAGUUCAUAGAGAUGAUUGGGAAGGCCUUGGAUAUGUUAGUCGCAUCGCGAGAGACAAAUAUGGAGUAUCAGUUGCAGCUGAUGAGAGCUGUCGAAGUUUAGUAGAUGUUAAGAAAAUAGUUGCAGAAAAUCUUGCUGAUGUCAUUAACAUUAAACUUGCUAAAGUUGGGGUUGUUGGGGCCCUGGAAAUCAUUGAGGAGGCAAGGGCAUCGGGAUUAACUUUGAUGAUUGGUGGUAUGGUUGAGACUAGACUGGCCAUGGGCUUUGCUGGCCACCUUGCUGCUGGCCUUGGGUGCUUUAAGUUUGUUGACCUAGAUACCCCCCUGCUGCUUUCGGAAGAUCCAGUUCGGGAGGGUUAUGAAGUUUCGGGUGCUGUUUAUAAGUUCAAAAAUGCUAGAGGCCAUGGUGGAUUUCUUCAUUGGGAAAAUAUUGCUUGAAAUAUCUGCAGAUAUGAUGGCUCAAACUGUCUGGUCAACAUUUGAACUCUGAGCAGUCUUUUUGGUUGGGGGAAAAAGAAAAUUAGAGCUGUGGAGCUUUUGAAAUCCUGUUGUUUGUUGACCAUGUUUCCUGUUCAAUAAGACAGAAAGUGCUAAAAAUUUGAUAUGAUAGAUGUGUUUUCAGGCGAAACAUUUGAAAUUUGUAGAUUAUGAGAAUAGCAUUCAGCAUUGCAAAGGAUAGCUUAGCUGAUCAGCUCAUUCAUUUGUGUAAGUAGUAAGGCAACCUAUAUGCCUGCUUUUGAGAAACUUUCUUGUGUCAUGUGUCGUGUCAUGUCCUGAUGCGCAACCUAUAUGCCUCUAAUGUUUGAAUAAUUUGAUCCUGGGCUCAAGGAUGUUCAA